AGACUAUAAUCACAAUUAAAUCCAAAACAUCUCUUCUCUCUCUAGUCUCUGCAAUUACACAAGCCGUAGCCGUACGAAUCCAUACCCUCGAAAAAGCUUGGAGCGCGCGAAUCCGAAUCCAUUUCAGCCCAACAAAGUAGAAAAUUUCAUCUUGGGGAAUCAAAUUUCAAGAUGCCGCAUCUCCUCCAGCAAAUUCAUCCUCACCCCUACCACUCCCCACUCAAACUUUCAUCUUCCACACGCCCCUUUCAAUUUCAACCUCCGCCGCCAUGGAUUUCCUCCCCGAAUCCCAUUGCCCUCCUCCGCCCCCGUCCGGUGACGGGCGGCGCAACCAUUCGGUGUAUGGCCAAUUCCCGGAGAGUCAAAAUGGUGGCCAAGCAGAUUCAGAGGGAGCUUUCCGAUAUGCUUCUCACCGAUAAGGUGUUGCAGUACGCCAUCCUUCCCGAGGCCUCUUUGGGAGCGGAUAAGUACCUCUCCUCUCUCACCACCAUCACCGAUGUUGAAGUCUCUGCCGAUUUGCAGGUGGUUAAAGUAUAUGUAUCUGUCUUUGGUGAUGAAAGAGGAAAGGAUGUUGCUAUUGCUGGAUUGAAAUCAAAAGCUAAAUAUGUCCGCAGUGUAUUGGGAAGGCGAAUGAAGCUUCGGCUAACUCCCGAGAUACGUUUCAUAGAAGAUGAAUCUUUCGAAAGAGGAAGCAGGGUGAUUGCCAUAUUGGAUCGGAUCAAGGAUGAAAAGAAAGACACCGAGCUAUCCGAAUUAUCCAAUACUCCUCAAGACGACAGGGACUGGGAAGGGGAUGAUGCUGAUGAAGACAUAAUAUAUGUACAAUAGGUUGCUCCAUUUCUUGUCCCAAUUUGUGCUCAUCUGUGCUGAGGCAUCGGCUUACUCUCACAGGUUCGCUAUGUUACGAGUUUAUGUUGUUGUCUUAGUCUUACAUGUUAGAUAUACUAAAUUAGUCUUGCCAGAGCUCACUUCUCGGGUCCAAAAUUCAUUGUUUUCAGGUAUAUAAUCAAUCCUCUGGUGAUAUCUUUUGUCAUGAAAACUUUGGGGCUCGUCAAUGUUAGAAAAAGGUUGAAGUGAUAUAGCUAUGCCUGUCAUUUUGAUUCCCAUCAAGUUUAUCUGGGUAGUCAUGUGUUAUUUU